UUGAACUUCAAGACAAUUGAUGUGUGUUACGAAGAGCGAAAACAAGCUUUGACGGCUUUAACUAGWCUAACUUUGAGCUAAGGAAAACGUCUGCGUCAGAAAGAACGUCUUCUAUAUUGAUGACUAUAUUGGGUAAAUAACGACAAUGUAUCGGCGUUCGUACCCAUCAAUCGCGGAAGAACCGGAAGACAAUGGCAAACCAAUAAAGGGGCACGAUAAAAAAGGCAGUACUAAAUCAACUAGCCUCGCGCCUAUCCACGAGCACACGAAAAAUACCGACGAAAAACCAAUUCCACACCGAAUUUCAACAAAAAGCUCGGGUUUGACUGUUACCUCCGAGGACCCGUACACUGACUCGGAGAGUGAUCGGCUUUCGGCGGAAGACGACGAUGUAUUCGCUGAUGCUGCAACAAACAAGGCGACAUUUAUACCAAKAACACCAAGCCCUGAAGAGCUGAAUGGACUAGACUUGACAGAAAGCCAGGUCCGAGAGAUCAAAGAAGCAUUUUUGGUCUUUGAUGACAAUGGAGAUGGUUGCAUUAGCGCGACUGAACUCAAGAAACUAGUCACUUCAUUAGGUUACAAUAURACAGAGGCUGAACUCAUGGAUAUGAUGAACCAAAUAGAUUCCGAUGGCAAUGGUGCCAUUGAUUUCCCUGAGUUCCUUCAACUCAUGUCCAAGAAUCURCAAGACACAGACCCAGAAGAUAUAAUGAUGGAAUCGUUUAAAGUCUUUGAUCGUGAUAACAACGGCUGCAUAGGGGCUGCUGAACUACAACGAGUAUUGAAAUUAUUAGGACAAGACUUCAGAGACUACGAGGUMGAAAGCAUGAUCAAAGGUGCCGACUACGAUGGCGAUGGGAAUGUCAGCUACGAAGAUUUUACGAGGAUGAUGAACACRUAGUCGAUAUCUCUACGUAGAUAUU